CAGCGCAAUGAGCAGAAAGAAUGAAACCGAACGGCAGAAGCAAAUACAGGAAAAAUGCCAGAUGCUGUUAACCAAGAUGCUGCGAGACGAUGACAACAAGUACUGCGUCGAUUGUGAUGCUAAAGGACCCCGUUGGGCGUCCUGGAAUUUAGGCGUGUUCCUCUGCAUCCGUUGCGCCGGCAUCCACCGGAACCUGGGUGUGCACAUCAGCCGGGUUAAAUCGGUCAACUUGGACAGCUGGACGCCGGAACAGGUGGUCUCGCUGGAACAGAUGGGAAACUCACGGGCUCGUGCCGUGUACGAGGCAAUGAUACCGGACGGAUUCCGUCGCCCACAAACCGACUCCGCGCUCGAGAGUUUUAUCCGGGCGAAGUACGAACACAAGAAGUACCUGGCUCGCGAAUGGGUUCCGCCACCGCCGCCAAAGGUGGACUGGGAUCGAGAGAUUGACGAGGAGAUCGAGCGGCAGAAACGCAAGAAAAAAGCUUCCUCAUCGAGUAGCGGCGUCGGUGCCUCCACUGGCGGUGGUGGCCUUUCGCUUUCGUCCCCGGUGGAUAAAAAGGGUAUCUCCGCGUCCGGUGCAUCUCCAUCCUUGUCCGGAUCGUCUGUGGCGGGGGCUUCAACCGCCGUGCCAAAAUUAAAAGCACCUGCCAGCAGUAUGAAGUCGUCGAGCCGGAAUUCAGGCAUUUCAUUGGCGUCCUCUUCUAGCCCAGCGGUAACCGAAACGGCCACGGUACCAUCGGUUGCCCCCGUUACGGCUCCCAGUGCUGGCACUGAUUUGCUGGGGCUAACGCUGGGCGAAGGCAGCUCCGGAAUCCCGCACGGCGGUAAACUACCGCUUAAUGGCGCCGCGGCUGCAACCGGUAGCAACGGGUUGGACCUGUUGGAGCGGAAACACGCCGAAACGGACGAGCUGGCCAAAGCGGAAGCAGACUUUUUUAAUCAAUCUGGCCCGGCUGGCGGAGUGGACGCUAGUGGCAAGUUGACGAAGGAUAAAAUUAUGGCCCUUUAUGGGUCGGGACCGAACGCGAUUGGGCCGGCCGGGUAUGGUGGGUUUCAGCAAGCCGGCAGCACAUUCCCACCGGCCACAACUGCACCCCAGUUCAAUGGCGGUAUGCCAGUCCCAUCCGGUGCAUUCGGUGCAUUCCAAACGUUCCCGGGCAUGAACGGCGUAGCAGCAACCGGUGCUCCCGGCCAGUAUCCCAUGAUGGGGGGCAAUGUAGCGCCCCACGGGCAGAUGAUGUUUAACAAUGGGAACCCUGCACCAGGCAUGUUCCAAACCCAGGGCGCGCCAACGCAACAACUAGGUAUGGUUCCUGGGUACGGUUCGAUGCCACAGUAUGCUGCUGCCCCUCAAACGACGAUGGGAUUCCCUCCGAUGAUGGGCAUGCAGCAGCAUGGCCAGUCGAUGCCGGCAUUUGCCAACUUUCCCAAGCCCGUCCCUCAGCAGCAGCAGCAGCAACCAACGGCCGGUGAUAAGCUAAGCAAUCAGUUCGGUACAAUGAAUCUGAGGGACGUGUGGCAAUAGAAAUCGAGUGGGUGUCCAGGCUGAGUAACUUAUCUAUUAACCCGUUAUCAUGCUCCUCUACUCGUUCGGCCAAUAACAGGUGCUUACCGGUAGAUACCGGAACCGCACGUAGGAGCAACGUCUAUCAACAAAAGAGAAAUAGAUAUACAUAUAUAGGGCAAUUACUUAUUUAGCUAAACGAAACGAGAGAGAAAACUAAACGCAAACAUAUAAGGAUCACAUUUAAUAGUAGGAUAUUUUGACCGGGUUGGGGAUCUUCCUUCUCUCGCCCGUCUCUUUGUUUAUUGGUUAUUUCCUCUUUUUCAUUGGACAUGGACAGGAAAGCUGUCACAAAACAGGGAGUGCAGACAGGCCUGGAAUGAGCAUACUUUUCGAAAUAGUAGCACCGUAAGGAUGAGAAGACACAGUGAACGCAUCAGAUGAACUUUUCACGGGUGGUGUAAUGGAACAUGCAACGUUAGCUUGUUUGUUCGUUUUUUAUUAGAUUGCUAAUGCUAUAUUAUAGGACUUUACUGUGUAUUACGUCGCAAGGUGCGUUCUUCCUAGCGAUAUUUAGGUAACUGAAACAAAGUACUAGAUCGCUGUCAAUGAACCUAAAAACCAUGUGCAAGGUUAGGGUAAACAAAAUGCAAUUGUAAUCGUCUACGUAGUCACGCACGCGUGCAAAGUGUGGGAACGAGUAUGCAAUGUUUGUACGGAGGAGUAAAGAAGAAGGAAUAUUUCACUUUUGCAUCUACAGGUAUCGUGUAUUGGAAAAGUUAUGUGGGAAAAUGGGAGAAUUGUGCGAUGUCCAAGCAUCCACACUAGCAACCGAUGGCCUACGCCUGCCAGCACCCUGUUACUGAACGUGUCUUGUCACGUGGGUCGUGCAGGGCCAGGCGUGGUGUUACUGAGGUGCGCAAGCAGUUUUAGUGUAGGAUAUAAUUUAAAAAAAAGAUGAAUUAAUUGACUGUAUUCUAGUGAAGAAGUAAAUCAACAAGUAUUUGCCCGGCGUCCCUCCGCCGUUGUGUGGUAGGUACGAUUCCGGACAUGUUAUGUUUAGCUGUGGGAAUAAAUCGAUCGACUUC